AUUUGGGACAGAGCGCCUCACGUGACCUGCGAUUUCGAUUGUACCCACGGUGCCAAAUCGCAGCAGCGCACAGACAACCGCUAACAUACGGGGCUCGGUAAACUGCGCAUGCACUGUGUUUUUCCGUUCCGCGCCUGCUGCAGCGUUCAGCUUGGGGCUCUGCCUCUUUGCACAUUAUGUUUGUUCACUACAGGGCUGUGCAGACCCGCUUUCCCUUGAGAGUUUAUGGCCCGAUGUACCCAGCCAUUUCUUCUCUUCCCGCCUAACCAUUGUGGCUGCGUUUUGAAGGAAAACGUUGACGCUCUUGUGGUUGGUGAUAUUUCAAAAGUUAUGGUAUAAGCCGCCUCACAGCAAGAAGGUUCCAGGUUCAAGUCCCAGCCGACCCGGUUCCUUUCUGUGUGGAGGUUGCAUGUUCUUCCUGUGCCUACGUAGGUUCUCUCCAGGAAACUACCUUGUUUGACCAGGACACCUAAAUUGCUUUGGCUGCCAUGAUGCUUGGGUUACAAGGAAAUGCCUCAUCCUCCAAAGUGUAUCGUUGUGUGGCAUGUUCUGCCACCUUCACUGGACUGGCGUCCUUGCUAGUGCAUCAAGCAACCCAUGCUGGUGCACUCGCCAAGGUCCCUGCCCCUCCUCCCCAGCCUAACAUCAGCCCACAUGAAACACCGCUCCCAAGGACCGACUCGGUCAGUGAGCACCCCAGUCCACCACUCUUGCCUGAGAGCCCUUCACCUUCUUUUUAUAUUUGUGAUUGUGGACAAGAAUUUCAGGACUUUAAUCUUAUGCUAGAGCACAAGCAUUCACAUAUCUCUCAAAUACAGCUACUGCAGCCUCUGGACAAUAAUAUUCUUAUCUCUAGUGGAUCAGGUGAUGGUAAUGUUUUUCCUACCCAGCAUGUAUCAUUCAGUCCCACUGUAGACCAGCUAGGUUUGGUCCUUAGUUGCCCGUCUACAUCGAGGUCUCCAGCUGUCGAAUUACUCACAUUAAGUGACCGUGACCGUGAAGCAGAUGCAAGUCUUGGGGAUGACCCUGCCAUAGAAACCACUCCUAAAGUUCUGUGUCCACCCCCUCAAGAUGAAAAAGAUGAGGAACAAGUUGAGAACACAUCAGUCACACCAGAGCAAAUACCAGAGACUGUAGAGGACAUGGAGGACAAAACAAAAUCUGUUUUCAGUGGGGAACAGGGUGAGUGUUUGCCCAAAAAUAACACACUAAUGAAAUUGCUAGCUUCAGCAUACAUGAAGAGCUUUUCACUUCCUGAGUCUCAGAAUCAGAAUGAUAGCGCAGUUACUCCCAAGCAAGAAGUUGUUCCUGUUGAUAUAACACCAGGGGCAAAAAUUGAUGAGCCCCCAGUCAACGAUCACUCUAUUGCACAGUUGAGGCGACUGGUUGCAAAACCUGGUAUAACGACCAAAGCUCCAUCCAUUACCAGAAUUUUGGAGAACAGUAAGAAGAGGCUUGUUUCUCUGACUAAGACUUUGUCACCUGUUGUAGUUCUUGAAACCCGUCAAAAGCUCAUGGAUCCUAUGGGUAAUGGUACAUACGGGACAUAUCAAUGUGGCCGCUGUCGUAGAGUCUUUCAGAAUUUGGGCAGACUUACAGAGCAUCAUUUCUUGCAUAAAAAGGAGAGGAUUAAAUGUUGUCGUCGCUGCAAACAACUGAUCAUUGGGCGGCUUCCUCUACCUGACAAUCACAUAUGCCCUCAGUUAGGAAAUAAGGCCAUACAGCCCUCAAGCUCUUUAAAAAACUCUCUACCAUUUGCCCCAAAAAUAGUGCCAUUCCAUAGCCUUAAGAACACAAAAAAAGUUUUCUUUUGUCCAUUGUGCAAGCACAGCUACGCACGGAGGUGGAACCUCAAAAUGCACAAGUGUCAGGGCCCAAGGCCAGCCCUCUCUCUGCAGGCUAAUCACCCCAGUCAGAAAAUGAUAGUACUGAGAUCCAACAGUAAUGACAAAUUGAAUGCACAGGAUAAAACUGGAUCUCAGCUCACUAAUAAUGUUGCUGUGGGCACUGAGGUUACUAGUCGUAUAAAGGUAGAGGUGACGUCUCCAAAGUCGGGGCAGCCUGCAGUUUCACAGUUGGCCUGGACUCCUCCAGCACAAAGCUUCUUGCCAUUCUAUGCUAAAUCUUCAGUGAUGGAGCAGCACAAGGAUGCCUCUCUGUGUGGGACUUUGCUCCAGCAAGAAAAUGAAAACAGCUGGGGUGCAGCAUCGGUUGAAAACAGCAGUGAAGGGCAGUGGACAGUGCCCUUGGAUGAUGAAACUGAAGUGCUUAGCUCUGCAGAGAGAGCUGGUGAAGAUGAAGAGGUGAAGAAGUCGGUGUCAGCCGAACAUGCAGAUACAGCACCCCCUAGCCUGCGUUAUUUUGUCACCCAUGGUGUAAAACGAUACCCUUGCAACAGGUGUCAGAAAACCUACAGUAGAGAAGAUACCUUGAGACGGCAUCUGCGGCUAUGUGGAUUCAGGCCACGUGGACCUGGGACUGUAGCACAGAGCGAUGGUCAGGGUGCAUUUCUGCUAAAUGCCAACAAUAUGAAACCAAUGUUUGCUUGUUUUGUAUGUGGAAAGACAUUUAACCGCAAAGACAACAUGAUGGUUCAUAGAAAAAGGUGUCAGGUGCAGCGGACAAUGGCACAAGUAAAUAGAGGGGCUGUGCAACAGAGUUUGUCUGGUAACGCAACUGACUGUAAAACCCAAGAGGAUGAAGGUGGCAACUGGGGCAUCAUGUCACUACCCUCUGUCCUUCCAAGAAGGGUGACAUGUGAGUGUGGGGUCGGAUUUACCUCUCCAAAGCUGCUCCUGGAACAUCUGCAGAAACAUGCACAGGAAUCAUACACAUGUCCAACUUGUGGAGAGACUGUUAACUCCUGGGCAGACUAUGAAGUUCAUCUACAAAUCCAUAUGCAUCCUCAUCACCAGCUGCUGAAGGGACUACAACCGCAACGAUCACAACCUCUAUUACUACGGUUUCAACAACAGUCACCCCAACAGCCACUGCAGUCAGUGCAGCAACCUCCACAGAAGCCACCACAUCCAGAGCAGCUUCCAAAUGCCACAAAAAAACGGAUUGUAUGCACACGAUGUGGCAACACCUUUGCUUCUCGCUGCUCCCUACGAAAGCACCUAACCUGGAAUCGAUGCAAAGGUGGGCAGGUCACAAAUCCACCAAAAACCUAUCGCUGUUCCCACUGCAACUCUGACUUUCCGAACACUAUUAGUCUGAUAUUUCACCAGAGGAGUGGGGUUUGUAACCCCACCACCAAGCCAACGCGUUGUCCUGUUUGUCUUCGCUGGUUUGGCACUGUGAGCAGUCUGCAAAAGCACCUGCUUUCUCACAAACAGUCUGAAUCAUAUCGCUGUGAUGUGUGUCAGGGUACAUACCCAAGUCUAAAAUCCCUCAAAAACCACCGCAGGAGGAUUCAUCGCAUCCUGGCUGGGUACACUAAGGGACAAGCACAAGAACAGUCGACUUCUUAAUGAUACUGAAACAUGUUAAAUAUUGGAAUGGUGCAUUAAGAAUGGUUAUUUCCAUAUUUGCCAGUUGUAUUUUUUUAUUUUACUUUCUAGGAGUUAUUUUCACAUUGUACACAAGGUGUUUUAUUUUUACUUUUAAGACUGUCAUAGUAGCUUGCCACUGUAAAAACUAAAGCUUUGAUAUACUUUACAUUUGAAUUUUAAUAAGUUGGUUCCUAUAGUACAGAGCCUGGUUGUGCUGUAGUUUGAGUAUUUGGUGAUCAGAUUUUUACCACAGUGAAUGUGACAUAGCUUGUUGUUGUCGAUUCUCGUGUUAAUAAACACCAAUAGUGGUAUCUACAUUCCA